AUGAUCAUUAACUCAGAAGAAAUGAUAGAAGUGACAGAUCAGCCAUCAAAAUUUAAUACUAUCAAGGUUGCCAGUUGUAAGCUGAGCCUGGUUGAAGCUUUGAGAGACGCGGCUACUGCUGUUGAGCAAGAGAAAGAAAUUCUCCUGGAGAUGAUCCACAGCAUCCAGAACAGCCAGGACAUGAGGCAGAUUAGUGACGGAGAAAGAGAGGAGCUGAACCUGACUGCUAACCGCCUGAUGGGUCGGACCCUCACUGUCGAGGUCUCAGUGGAGACAAUUCGGAACCCCCAGCAGGAGGAAUCCUUGAAGCACGCCACAAAGAUUAUAGAUGAGGUGGUCAAUAAGUUCCUGGACGACCUGGGAAACGCCAAGAGUCACUUAAUGUCCCUCUACAGUGCCUGCUCAUCUGAGGUGCCGCCUGGUCCGGUUGACCAAAAAUUCCAAUCGAUUGUAAUCGGUUGCGCCCUUGAAGACCAGAAGAAAAUUAAGCGGCGCCUGGAGACUUUGCUGAGGAACAUUGACAACUCCGACAAGGCCAUUAAACUGUUGGAGCACUCGAAAGGAGCCGGUCCCAAAACUCUGCAAAACACCGAUGGCAAAGUUAAUUAGUCUUCAAACCCACAGGCCCUUUACCAAGGCUGUAAAAAAAGGAAAAAAAAACCACUAUUUUAAAUAACUAGUUCUUUACGUUAGGCAUAACCACUAAUACCUCAUACUGAUGAUUGUUUCAGAUGAGGGAGUAUCCCAGUGUCGACAGACACACAAAUAACCCUUCAAACUAGACGUAUUUCAGUCGCUGACUCAGAAGUUUUGGACAGUAUUCCUGUCUUGAACUGGACUUUAGGGCUGUAUAUUUUAUUUCUGAAGAUGCGCACAUAGUACCUGGGAAAAUAAAUAAAGGGGAAACGCAUCAGUGCUCUUUCCUUGACUUCAGUACAGAUGCACCCAGCCCCUGGAGCAGUGUAGUCACAUCACAGUGUGGACAGAACACCCAGCCCCUGGAGCAGUGUAGUCACACCACAGUGUGAACAGAGCACCCAGCCCCCUAGAACAGUGUAGUCACACCACAAUGUGAACGGAGCACCCUAGAGCGGUGUGCUCAUACCAUAGCGUGAACAGAGCACCCAACCCCUGGAGCAGUGUGGUCACACCAGUGUGAACAGAGCACCCAACCCCUGGAGCAGUGCACACACACCAUAAUGUGAACGAAAACCCAGCCCCUGGAGCAGUGUGGUCACAUCACACAGUGUGCCUAGAAGGAUAAAAGGAAACACACCAGAACCUCACCCCGCAUGUUCUCAAUAUUUGAGCCAUCUGUUUUCUACAUAUCUUUCUUUCAUCACAUAUCUUCUGUGUGUGGAGGCAUGACAUAAAAUGUGAGGAAACCACUUUACCACGGUUCGGUCCAUAUCCACCGGGCAGUGGCCUGUCUCCACUGUGGGUGAGGAUGGGCCGCCCUGAAGUCACCAUGUGUGCAGUGGGAGCGAGCUACUGACCCAGCCCCUUUUCUGUGGUCAUGUGGAUGGCUUCUGCUUGUUGCUAUGACAACAGCACAUUUAUGUCCUUAGAGCUUUAUUCUGUUCUUGGUCUUCUUUGUAUAAAAUUCCACUAAUGGGUCCAUUGAGCCAAAAGAUAGAUACAUUUUCAUGACCUGAAAACGUAUUUCUAAAUUUUUAUAAGUCUUAUCAGUUUGUACUGCCUUCAGUAAUUAAAAGAAUCCAUGUCACGGAA